AGUGCUGUUAUUUCAGUCGCCGUGAUACUUUCAAUCAAUUCGCUGCUAAAUUCGAAAUACACUCUUCAGUCUUCAAGUAUACCUUUUUCCUGAAGCUAAAAAAAUGGUGGCCACAGCAAGACCAUCGCUAAUAACAAAUGUUCCACCAUCAUAUUACUCGAAAACGAGCAGAGAAACACAAGUGUGGAUGGAUUCAAAACGCGACGAUGAUAAUGUAGAAAAUGGUUUAUGGCGCAUUCAUAAUACUUUAUACGAUUUGACUGACUUCAUAAAUAAACAUCCGGGCGGAUCUGACUGGCUAAGAAUAACCAAAGGUCAUGACAUAACCGAAGCCUUUCUCAGUCACCAUUUGGACACGAAAAAAUUGGAACCAUUUUUGGCAAAAUAUCGCGUGAAGGAAACAACUCGACCGAGAAAUGUAAAAUUGACCUUCGAAGAGAAUGGAUUUUAUAUGACGCUUCGCAGAAGAGUGGCCGCUAAAUUACCAGAAAUAAAGAAAAAAACGAAAAUUUAUUCGAAGUUCUACAUUGAUGGCCUAUUUGUACUCACACUAUUAACAGCUAUUCUCGCUCAACGCUUCCAUAGCAUAUCGAUGGCGAUGUUGUGUAGCUUAUUUUUCACGUGGACCGGUGUUUGUGCUCAUAACUACUUUCAUCAACGAGAUAAUUACAGAAUGAAAUAUUUCAAUUUAAUUUUCAUGAGCUACCGCGAUUGGCGCAUUAGUCACGCUCUGUCACAUCAUUUGUAUCCAAACUCUUUGCUUGAUAUGGAACUGAGCGCAUGGGAACCAUUUAUGGUGUGGUUGCCCAGUGCAACGGCAAAGACUCCAUUCCAACGUUAUGCCUCUUACAUUUAUUCACCGCCACUCUAUUGCUUCCUUUUUUUUAUUGAAUUUGGGAAAAAACUGUACUUCUCGGCGACACGCGGUUACAAAAUGUAUGCAGAUGAAUUUCUUCCAUUCAUUGUUCCGGUUGUUAUGUUCAUAUUUGGUGGUGAACACUCUGUAUUAUCUCUGUUAUCUGCUUUCAAAUUAUUCUUGGUCAUCACUUUAACGGGAGGUUUCAUUUUCGGAGUUAUUGGAUGGAAUGCUGGACAUCAUCAUCCGGAGGUUGUUCAUGAUGGAGAUGCAAUACGUAAAUGCUACGACUGGGGUCUGUAUUCAAUCGACACAAUAAUGGAUCGUCAAGAGUUACGCGGUAAUACACUUUUGGCCUUGGCAAAUUUUGGUGACCAUGCACUGCAUCAUCUAUUUCCAACUCUCGAUCACGGAAUAUUGCCGCAAUUGUACGAUAUUCUGUUUGAAACGUUACUGGAAUUUGAAGCCGAAUGUCAAUGUUAUCCAUGGUUUUUCGAAACAAUUAAAGGUCAAUUUCAACAAUUGUCACGCAUCGAACCAAUGAAACUCGAUUCACACGAAAGAUAUUUAUUGAAACAUGGCAAACAAACGAAAAUUACUGGCAGUGAAUAUGAUAAAAACGAAUAAAUCGAUGAUUAAUCUCUGAUAAUGUCAUUUUAAUGAUUUUACUUCUAUGCCGUAUUUGUACUUGCUUUGAAUUUAGAACACUUUUUUUAAUUACAGCAAUAAAUAACCCUCUAAUGCAUUAAUUUUUUUUCGA